UUGUUGUUGGGGGGCCCCCUCGAAAGCUGCUUCCGGGUCAAUGCAGGACACUGGGCUCUGGCGGCCGGAGAGGGGGUCGAGGUGAAGCGGAGCCGGACCGGGGCCGGCCGGGAGCAGGCCGGAGGCUGAGCGGAGGCGACGGCGGUGGCCGGGCGGGCGGAGGCGCAGCCGGAGCAGCCGCCGCCUCCCGGGCCGAGGGACUUUUCAGAAAAGAAGAUGGACCAGCCUAGUGGAAGAAGUUUUAUGCAAGUACUGUGUGAAAAAUACAGUCCUGAAAACUUCCCUUACCGCCGUGGCCCUGGGAUGGGAGUCCAUGUCCCGGCCACUCCUCAGGGCUCUCCCAUGAAAGAUCGCCUCAACCUCCCAAGUGUGCUCGUGUUGAAUAGCUGUGGGAUUACCUGUGCAGGAGACGAAAGAGAAAUUGCUGCCUUCUGCGCUCAUGUGUCCGAACUCGAUCUUUCUGACAACAAACUGGAAGACUGGCAUGAGGUCAGUAAGAUUGUGUCAAAUGUUCCUCAAUUGGAGUUUCUAAACCUGAGUUCCAAUCCUCUGAAUCUGUCGGUUUUAGAGAGAACAUGCGCUGGGUCCUUCUCGGGGGUUCGCAAACUUGUCCUCAACAACAGCAAAGCAUCAUGGGAAACAGUGCACACGAUACUUCAGGAGUUACCAGAUCUGGAGGAGCUCUUCCUGUGCCUUAAUGACUAUGAAACAGUGUCUUGUCCUUCUGUCUGCUGUCAUUCCCUUAAGCUCCUACACAUCACAGACAAUAACCUCCAAGACUGGACUGAAAUCCGAAAGCUCGGGGUAAUGUUUCCUUCACUGGAUACCCUGGUCCUGGCCAACAAUCACUUGAAUGCUAUCGAGGAACCUGCUGACUCCCUGGCUAGAUUGUUCCCUAAUCUGCGAUCCAUCAGCCUCCACAAGUCAGGUUUGCAGUCAUGGGAAGACAUUGACAAACUAAAUUCCUUCCCCAAGCUUGAAGAAGUGAGAUUGCUAGGAAUUCCUCUCCUGCAGCCAUACACCACCGAGGAACGCAGGAAACUGGUGGUGGCCAGACUCCCCUCUGUUUCCAAACUCAAUGGCAGCGUUGUGACCGAUGGAGAGCGAGAAGAUUCUGAGAGGUUUUUCAUCCGGUACUAUGUGGACGUCCCACAGGAGGAAGUGCCAUUCAGGUAUCAUGAACUCAUUACAAAAUACGGGAAAUUGGAGCCUUUGGCCGAAGUGGACCUGAGACCCCAGAGCAGCGCGAAGGUAGAAGUCCACUUUAAUGACCAAGUGGAGGAAAUGAGCAUCCGUCUGGACCAAACAGUAGCAGAACUGAAGAAGCAACUGAAAACUCUGGUGCAGCUGCCCACAAGCAGCAUGCUCCUCUACUACUUCGACCAUGAGGCCCCCUUCGGCCCGGAAGAGAUGAAGUACAGCUCCCGAGCACUGCACUCUUUCGGCAUUAGGGAUGGAGAUAAAAUUUUUGUGGAAUCAAAAACAAAAUAACCUCUACCAGCCUUGUAAAAACUCACAUAAGGACUUCCUGCAGGGUGUUUGUUUCCAGCGUGCUUUUCUUUAGGAGGAAGGGCAUUUCCGUUUCGUUUGGGUUUUGUUUAGCUUUUGGAGGGGUUUUGUAUAUUUUCUUCCCCUAGAAUGGGUAGGGGAUUGUUUUUGGUAUUUUCUACCACAGAUUUCUUCAGCUAGGUCAGCAGACCUGGCUGCAUCUGCAGUUUUCUCUCUCUCUCUCUCUCUCAUGAAAGAUGACAGAGAAAUCACCGACUUCUUACUGUGUUGCUGGGGUUUGUCAGCCGCUAGGCUCGAAGACAGAGUGGUCCCUCAGAGGGGUGGUGCAGUGUUCAGAUCCAGAGAUGGGGAUCUUCCCUGGAAGGGCCGGCACCUUCCAUCUCCGGUUCUUCUUCCCUCCUCUUUUCCUUUCUGGGGUCCAUUUUUCACUCUGACUUGCACACUUAACCUGGUAGUUUUAUUCUGUUUAUAAUUUACUUGGUGGUUUUUUGUUCCCCCUCAAAUUUGACACACACACAUACACCCAUUCUCCAUUUUAAAUGCUUUUGAAUAUUUUAAGCAUUUUCUCAGCCGGAUUCUGAUCUCAGGAACUCCGUUAGGCUUUUAAAGAGAAGUAGGUGAAGAGUUAAACCCAAGGAAAUGUACUGUUGCCCUGGCAGCGUGGGCGGAGGAACGCUUUAACCCCUCUGCUCCUGGAAGCCUCUCCUGCAUUCCUUGAGCCAUCACGCCCAUUAAGUCUUUUCUUUCUGCUUAGGGAUUGCAUUUCCUGACAGCUUUAUCACAUAAGCUACUGGAAAUAAAGGGAGAGCCUGGACAGUUCUGGGGAUGCACUCCACAGCCGAGGCAGCAGAUAGGCUGGCCAGGGUGUGGGGCAGAGGUGGAGGGGUCAAGAGAGAGUGAGCUUGCCCAGGCUCCUGCCAAAUCUCCCAUCUGAAGCCCUGUCCUUCCAAUGUCAUUAAAAGAGAGAUUUUCAUCAAAGGGAACUGUGGUUCCCACCUUUUUCUUGGGACUUUGUGAUGUCAUAUUGAACAGCUGUUUUGUAUUUUAUUUUAUGUCCCUAUGGAAUGAUUUUGUCUAAUCUAUGAGUGAAGUUUCAAGGUCACAACUCCCCAGGUUUCUUUUGCAGAAGUGUAUCUAAGCCACUGUCCUUUAUUUAACACCAGUUCCCUACAUACUCUGGAACCUUGUUCCUUGUUAAUUAGAUUAGGUCCUUCAGUAUGCAGAUUGUUUUCUUUUUGCCUUUGUUAUGGGGGUCCACUUCUCCUACAAACUUCAUUUCUUGUCAACUCUUUAGAUGGUCCUUAUGGCUUCUUCACGGAUGGGAGCUGUGGUUUUUAGUUUCCUCCACCGCGUGGCAGGCGUUUGUUCUCUUGAUGCACUUCAGGUUCAGUAUCUCUAAAGCUGUUGACUCAGGCCUACAGAAGCAGGCCUGCAUUCACCGCAGCGCUAAAGGUGAAGAAAACCAAAGGGUUUAGAAAGAUGAGCGAGGCCAGUUCUCCUGCUGCAGACUUUAUCUCAGAAUUCUAAAAGUGAGCAGCAGGGAUCAGGCCAGUAUAGACAAGGACAAUUAUUUUGCAGUUGCAUUUUCUGGACAGAUUUUUGGAAAUAAGAAAAAAAAAGUGUGGCCACAGUGUCACGAAGAUGAAGACUGGGUGCUUUGUGUCUGUGCGCGUGAGUGCGGAGGAGGAUGCGAGCAAAACUGUAAUGGAGACUUUGCUUUUGUCGGCCCGGGAAACAAAUGCACUCUUAUUUUUGAACUUCGGAGCCACUACCGUCCCACGGCAGAAGGCAGAGUGAGCACUUACACUCGGCAUAAGUGGAAUGGUCACAAUAAGAUAUUUUAUAUAUGACAGAGCUUUACGAGAUGCUUUUUUACUCUCUGAGACCCGUUUCUUCUGUUGCUACGGAACACAGUGUGUGUCUACUGCAGGCCUAACCCUUCAUUACAGUUGCAUGGAAAGGGAACUGCUCAUCCAGUCCAACUGGUGGAGAUAUUUCUAGGGCAUUGUAAUUGGUGGUUUGAAUAAUUGCCGAAUCAUUUCCAAUUAAGAAAAUCUCAAAGACAGUCCUUGGGCUUCUAGAAGUAUAGAAGUAACUGAGAAAGCUGUUUGAGCAUGCGUAUUUCCAGAUUUAUUUGGGUGGCUGAGUAAAGAGGCUGCUUUUGAAAUAAACUUGGUGCUGUGUAGACAUUUAUAAUUAUUUAUAAUUUUAUAAUACUCUGUUAUAAAAUUAUUUUUAUAACAGACACAGAAGGAGGUAAGAAGAGACUGGACCUUUGAGUCUGCACAAUAUGCAUCAUGCUUGUCUGUAGCUUGUCUGUAUUUUAAUAUUGACUCCAUCAGAUCGAGUGGGAGCAUAUUGUUGACAGGAGACAAAAUGCUGUCCUCACUGGUAUUACAGAGAUGUGCCUUCAGGCACAGCAGAAAGAACAUGCCUUUCUAAAGUAGAAAUUCUUUUCAGUUGUGGAAAAGGGAAGGAAUAACACAAGAAAGCCAAACCCAAACCCAGAGUCCUACCUGUGGGGAGCUGCUAAAGCUGUAGUCCAAAUGGAUUUAUGAGUUUGAUUGUUGAGAUCUAGAUUUCUUUACAAGAAGGAAAGGCCCACAGUUGCCUAUUUCUGCAGCCUGUUGCCAUAAAUGCAUGAGAAAGCAGCCAGGAUGAACACUCCGUUUAAAGACCUUUUGGUGAAAGUGAAGCCAAAGGGCUCAGGGCUGAGAUGCUACACCCACAGAGCUGCUUAACUAAGGUGAAGAGCAAAUGCAAUUGCAACUGGGGUUUUUAGCUAUGUCACCCCACCAGCCAUGCUGGGAGCAGAGGACAACUUUGUUAUGCACUUUGGAUCACCAUGGGAGCCAUGCCACCCAUAGCUUUUCCUAACCCACAGAGUGUGGCUCUCUACACUGCAGCUUAGGCCCAAGGGCUGGUAGAGCAUGACUUCAGAAUGUUGGAUAGUUCUCACGUACUGUCAUAUUGUUUAUGAAUUUGACUUUUCCCUUCAUUUCAUGUAAGACUGAAAUGCAAACAAACUGCUUUCAAGAAUGCCCAGAAGCUCUGUGUCCCCAAAUGUUGUGAACUCUACUGUUUUUCAUAGGUGCUUCCUUCAAAUGUAUGUUUCUUGUAGUGACAGAGAGGGACUGGAUUCUCAGGCCCUUUACAGUUGUCUCCUGCAGUUAAUGGAAAUAUAAAUAAAUAUAUAUAUAUAUAUAUAUAUAUAUAUUUUAUUUUAGAAUAUAAUUUAAACAUGAAGGUCUAUUCUUUGCACUUUUUAUUAAUAUAUAGAGAGAGAUAAUCUUUAAAAAAUUAAAAAUCCAAGUCCAUUUACUCCUUGUGUUCUGGGUGUUUAUUCUGGAGUGUUGGGACAAAGAUGUAUGAUUGUUUUUUAUACACCUAAAAGAUGGAAAUUGGUUCUGGAGUGCCUUCUUGAGGGGAUUGGCCUAAGCUAUUAGGAACCUGGCCAUUUUGCCAAAUGUAAUGGGAAUUUUGCUGAGGUUGAAAAAAAUCUCAAUUAAAAAUUUUAUUUAAAAAAAAAAGCUU